UAGCUCAAGAUCGUUUAGACGAGCGGCCUGCAUAGCGUCUCGAGACACCGUGAAUAAAGACACCAGAAUGAGGUACCUUUUUCUUUGCCUGUUGCCUCUGGUCCUGGGAGCACCCAAAACACGAUUCGUUUUGGAUUCUCUCGGUAGUAUAUUUGACCUAACGGUCCUUAAAUGUGAUGUACAGCUUAUAUUGGAUGUGGUUGGGUCGCAUCCCACGGAACAAGCAUGUGAGGCAGAAUGUUACAAGGUCAUCCAAGAAGGACACUUCUUGAAUUACGGCUGCCCCCUCGUUUGUUUAGGGUUGGAGAGCUUCGCCCACAACUAUCAUUUGGUGCCUGACCCCGUUGACGCAAAUGACCCAUGUGGCAGACCUCCCCCGAGUGUGGCCACAACAACGGCUUGAUAAGGUCGCUCAAAUCGAUGAAGAUUGUUGUAAUGAAUAGACAUUAAAAAUGGAAGCAUA